ACCAGUUCAUCACUCACAGCGGGCUGUGUGGGGGCACAAUGUGGACCUUCUGCUCUUUCGCUUUUGUACUGGCCUUUGUCGCAAUUACGGAGGCACAGUGGUGGUUACCGUCAGGGCUGUUUGGUAGAUUAUUUGAAAACUGUUUGAGUCCGCCCAUGGAAUGUCCCAACGAGAAUAUAAAAUUUUUCUUGUACACGAGAGAAACACAAGAUUCGCCUCACUUACUUGAUGUAAAUGAUCCAUCCUCAUUUAAGUCUGCUGGAUUUGUGAAAGGAAAGCCUCUCAAGGUUCUCAUACAUGGAUACACUGGCCAUCGUGACUUUUCUCCAAAUACAGAAAUACGUCCGGCAUACCUGCAGAAUGGGGAAUACAACGUAAUAUCAGUUGAUUACGGCCCUCUCGCACAAGAGCCAUGCUACAUACAAGCUGCUUACAAUACGCCGUUGGUUGGGAAGUGUACAGCCCAGUUACUUGAUAAACUCAUCGAUGACGGUGUAGUACCGCUGUCAGAUGUACACGUCAUUGGCUUCAGUUUAGGAGCACAAGUGGCCGGGCAAGUUGGACAAUACUUGAAAUCAGGAAAACUCCCUCGUCUUACAGGUCUUGACCCAGCAAUGCCAUUAUUUGCAACUCCUUGGAAAUCCAAUAAGCUGGAUUCCACAGACGCUGUCUUUGUUGACGUUAUCCACACGAAUGCAGGCUCUAAAGGAAAGAUUGAUGCAAGUGGCGAUGUGGACUUUUAUACGAACGGUGGAUUCCAGCAACCAGGAUGUGACGCACCAGGAAUUCCUAGUUCAGAUAGCUGCGCUCAUGCUAGAGCACCGGAAUAUUUUGCAGAAUCAAUAUCAUCUGAUGAGGGGUUUUGGGGAACUCCUUGUGACAGCUGGACACAAUACCUUUUAAAUCUUUGUGAUGAUUCAGGGCCAAAAAUAGAAAUGGGAGAACAUGUGCCUCUGAAUGCAUCAGGCAGCUAUUUUCUCUUCACUAAUAUACAACCACCAUAUGCCAGAGGAACCACUGGAGCUUUCAACAUUUCAAUAAACUGAAUCAAAUGUGUGACAGUUUUCAAGAGCCUAAGGCAUCCAUGACAUGAAAAUCGAGUGUGAGAAAAUAACAAACGUUACUUGAAACAAGAUUUAAGUGACUUCAAGCAUAUGAAUCAUUCAGUGUCCUACUGACAGUGCAUAUAGCAUAAAUGACAAAUAAUGCCUGAAUUCCUUGACGAAACUCUUAAGUUAUGCAUUUAUGUGACUAUAUAAGUUUUCUUUUAUUGUUUCAGUUCUACAAAAGACCUUAUCAUUUCCCACUUUUGGUCUAUACAUUGUAUGAACCUCAACCUAGACUAUUCACAGUUAUAUAACAAAUCACUUCACCCUAACUGUAAAAUGUUUUACCAAAUGCAGUUACUGUUAUGAUCUUAAGCAUAAGGGGCAUACUUAGAAAUAAUAUGACAAAAUUUUACUUCUGUCUACAAAAUUGCUAUUGAUGUAACACACAUUUCACUGGUGGUGUUAUAUAUUUCCUUAUGCUGUUGAUUAAUUUAAUCAAGACUAAUAGACAAUAAUUUAAUAUGAUCUAUGUAUGGAGGAAAUACUCAUAAACUUGUUUCAUGUUUUGGUGUAAGGAACCCUUCAGCAAAGUUAGUAAAAAUAUUUUGAAAGACCCUGCGUAUGUGUACAGGGUGUCCCACCUAAGAGUCAUUAGGCACAUAUUUCAUCAUAUUUUGGCAGAUACUUACAAUUUGGUUUUUGGAAUGUGUAGCUUGAGUCAGUACAGACAAAUACUUUUCAUCCUGUCUUUCAUUCUAUCCCCAGCAUUGAUGAAAAUCCUUGGUUUUUUCCGUUACAAAAAAAUGAUUUUUAAAAACACAAUUUUACAUGCCAGUUUGAUAGAGCAGUCUAAAAUUAGUCUAAUUUGACAUUUGUUUUAUCAGUAUGUAUUAAAAGGGGCAGUAAAACAGGAAUAAUAGCCAGUACUCCAGCAGUGACAGCAUUGCCCAGGGCCACACUGAGUGCUACCACCAUGAAGCAGUGCUGCUCAGUCACUGGUGAAGUACUAAUUUUUCUUUGUGUUUAACUGUCCUUGUUAGUAUGUACACCAAAGUGAACAUUACACUAGAUUAACAUGUGAUAGCUCUGUUGCAUGCAUAUGUAAAAUGUUGUGUUAAAAUCAGUUUGUUUGUUAUAGGAAACAAAGUGACACUUUCUGUCAACACUGACCAUCAUAUCAAAGAGGCACUGAGCAGUAUUUGUUUGGACAGACUUGUCUACACAUUUCAAAAAUGAAAUUGCAAAUAUCUGCUGAAACACCACAGAAAAUUCACCUGACUACUAGGAAGGACACUCACUAUAUAUUUGCAUGUAUGGACACGUGUGUGUGUGUUUGUGUGUGUGUGUGUGUGUGUGUGUGUGUGUGUGUGUGUGUGUGUGUGUGUGUGUGUGUUGGUCACAGGAGGAAUGGUCAACAUUCAGGAAUAUGACAGGAAUAAUCAUUUGAAGCAAAAAAUGCUAGUAAAUGUAGUUUCUAAAAUGAAUAUGAGUAUGAGCUAUGGGCACUUCUUCAUCUUCAAUACAGCAAACUAAAUCUCUUAUACUGCAAGUUCAUUGUCUUCCAUAUUUUGGGUGGAGCUAUUAUGGACAAAAACAAGUAAACAUGCCCUCUAAAAUGCAUAUGUUAAGAGCUCUGAGCACUUGUUCAGUAUGAGAGUUGUGUUUCACAGUAGAAAAAAUGAGCAAAUUAUCAUAGUUCUUAAGGUAAGCAUUUAAGAGCCCAUGUUCACUGGAAUUUUUUCCUUAUUUUGGACCAUACUAUCACCUCUCAGAAAAUGGAAAGCAAAGAGCUUUGAACAGAAGAGAUUUGUUUCACACUGUCAAAGAAGAAGAAGUCCUUGGAAAUGGCGAUUUUCAGAAAA